CACAAACUCGGCAAAGCCGUAAUCGAUGUAUUUUAAAUUCGAGUAGUUCAGUUUUGAAUUGCCUCCGUGCCGACAAGAGCAGCCUGCCAUCGAUUGCCAUGACCAUGCUCACAAUGGACGAAGCGUCGUCGUCGACAACCAGUAUCAUCGUGCACCCCCAUGCGGCGUCCAGCUACGUCGCGUACACGUUUCUCAUCACGUGCCCGAGCACAAAGGCGACGUGGACGCUCACAAAGCGCUACUCGGCGUGCUACGCACUCCGUAAGGCCCUCCAACGCCUCGAAAAAGGCAUCGAAACCGAGCUCGCGCGGCCGCUGCACACGGCGCUCACGAUGCCGUUUCCGCCAAAGCACCUCUUUGGUCAGAGCGCGGACGUCGUGGCCCAGCGCGCGGCGGCGCUCAAGCACUUUGUCGCGAUGCUGGUCGCGAUCCGCGCCACUUGCUUGCUCACGCUCGUUGCGCACCGCGGGACGACGACGGCGCCGAGCGACGCGCUCUUCUCGCUGCUCCAAGAGUUUCUCGAGGUGCCGACGCACGUGUCGCCCAAUGAGCUCCGGCAGACCGUCGCGAUUCUGUCGCCGGACGAAGCGGCGGCAUACGCCAUGUACCCGGACGAAGACGACGAAGCGAGUAGCUGCGGCGUGUGCUUGGCGCCGCUCGUGCCUGGUGCAUGCGACACAGUCGAGGCGCUGGCGUGCGGACAUCACGUCCACGUCGCGUGCGUCGUGCAUGGGCCCGCGCACUGUGCUCUGUGCCGCGACCGGAUCCCAUAGCCGGCUCUCUUUUCUCUUCUUCUCUUCCUGUACAAUAACAAAGAUACUAUCUACCCAUAUCCUCGA